AUUCUCUCUGUUUCGCAUACUUGCCCUUCUUUAGAGGUCUCUGUAAAUAAAGGUAUUUUACUUUUCUAACGGUGUAUAUAGAACUGACACUCAUAUCCUUAGUGAUCGAUCAUUAACCGUUGUCAGAUAUCUCAGAGAUGCUGUCAUGGGAACGUACUGACAGUUGGAUAAUGUGAUGUUGGAAAGAUCCAUCUCUACAGAGCAAUGAACCACCAGUAAACACUGUGUUACUUUAUAAACGCAUGUGCACCAGAGCAAUGGAGAGUGACUGUAGGAUCCCCGUGUCAUGUCUGAGACCCCGAAUCCUGGCCCUGCAUGCCUUAUUUUGGGGUUUAGUGUCUCUAAGAGUGUUUGGAGCUGCUCUUCUUAGUGAUGAAAAGGCUGCAGUUGCAGUUACAAAGGCAGUGACUGCACCAUGUUGGCAGAUGGAGGAGUUUGUGGUGGCUAAAGAGUGCAGUGCAUGUGAUGGUUUUCAAUCGAAAACAUUAGCAGUAUGCACCCUAACAGGAUAUGUAGAGAAGAUCAACUGCACCAAGUCUAGCAGAGAUGAAUACAAGAGCUGUCGCUCUACCAAAAUGGAGGAGCACCUCUUCUGGAAAUUUGAGGGUGCCAUGCUAUCGCUCACUGUAGUCUUUGCAAUACUGGUGGUAGCUAGGCAACGGUCACUUGACCGCCAAGCCUCAGACAAGGUUCGUAGACAGAUAGAAUCUAUUUAGUAGAUCAAAUUAUACUAAAACCUAAAGGACAUUUGCCAGACAGGUGGCCUGGUGUUACAAGCUCUCAUCAAAGUGCAUAACCCAACAGACCAUGGAGGCUUCCAGGCUUGAUCACUGGUUUUAUCUUACUGGAUGUACAAAAACAAAACACUUUUUCUCUAACUUCCCAGCCAGACAUUAGGCCUAUUUGUGUAUGCUGUGUCCAUGCAGGAUACCUAUAAGAUUGUCAAGUGGACUUUUAUUUAUCUGUGAACUUCAAGAAUAUGAAAAGUGGAACACGCAUCCAAAUCCACCAACAUUAUGCAAGACAUUUGUCCAGUCCCUAUUUUGUAACAGAAGAUGUGCAGCUCUGCAAAUACCUGUUAUUUCAAAUGCUGUGAAGGCCAUGUGCAUAGGGAAUAAAAUGAGGUGCGUGUUGUUUUAAUACAAAUUCUAAAGCAGAUAAGGUAUUGAAACAGAAUGAUCUGUAUGGUCAAAGUCCUGAAGCAAGACAUUAUUUUUUGGGGUUUUGUUUUGUUAGAUAGGAUGAGUUUUGAUGGUUUGUCGUUUGGCUCAGAUAUUUUGGAAAAUAAUAGCAUUCACCUGAUUUUCCCUAAACUGGCACAUUACAGUGUUACUUCAGUGAACCUAAAAGUUAUUUAAUUAGUCUUAUACAUGCAGUUUUCACCUGAAAUAUCUUUAUAUUGCAUAGACCUUUUUUUUUUCUUUUUUUUUUUUUUACAGUUUCUUAGAGAUUAUAUAGAGGCAGGUGCCCUAUAUUUAAAACAUUUUUA